GACUCUCCGUGGUCAUGUGACUCCUCUGGUUUUUCCAGCUGCUCUCAGUCAAACUCAGUCAGUGUUUGUUCAGUCAACACAGGAUCAUGUCUUCAUCCUUCAUCACAGUCUUGCUCCUCUUCACCAGCCUCUGCUCCACAGAUGGAUUUAUGGAGUUUGUAGUGGAUCGUUGUGACUUUAACUCCAGUGAACUCAGUGGCAUCGAGUACAGCCAGUCUUAUUAUUACAAUAAGUUGGAGCACACCAGGUUCAGCAGUAGUGUGGGGAAGUUUGUUGGAUACACUGAGUACGGUGUGAGGAACGCUGAAUACUUCAACAAUAAUCCCUCAUUCUUGAGCCAGAUGAGAACUGCGAAGGAGACGUACUGUCAACACAACAUUGGUAUUGACUACCAGGCUGCUCUGACUAAAUCAGUUAAACCCUACGUGGUGAUGAGCUCCACCACGCCCUCUGGUGGCCACCACCCUGACAUGCUGGUCUGCAGCGUCUACAAGUUCUACCCCAAAACCAUCAAAGUGAGCUGGACCAGAGACGGACAGGAAGUCAGCUCUGAUGUCACCACCACUGAGGAGCUGCAGGACGGGGACUGGUACUACCAGACCCACUCCCACCUGGAGUACACCCCCAGGUCUGGAGAGAAGAUCUCAUGUGUGGUGGAACACGCCAGCCUGAAAGAACCUCUGAUCACUGACUGGAAUCCGUCCAUGCCUGAGUCAGAGAGAAACAAACUGGCCAUUGGAGCCUCAGGUCUGAUCCUGGGUCUGAUCUUAACUCUGGCUGGAUUCAUCUACUACAAGAGGAAGGCCAGAGGAAGGAUUCUGGUUCCCUCUAACUGAGGAAGGUUCCUGGUCCUGGUUCCUGGUCCUGGUCCUGGUCCUGGUUCCUGGUUCCUGGUUCUUUUCAAGUGGAACUAAAAGCUGCUUCAACCUGCUUCCUGCUUUUAACUCAGUAGACAGAUGAUCCCUGAUAGAACCUGGUCCAGGACUGGACUCUGGUACUGUGCUGGGUCCUGGUUCCUGGUCCUGCUUCCUGCUUCCUCGUUCUGUUCUGAUGAAACAAAAGCAUUUUCUGCUUCAACCUGCUUCUUGUUUUUAACUCAGUAGACAGAUGAUCCCUGAUAGAACCUGGUCCAGGACUGGAUUCUGUUACUGUGCUGGGCCCUGGUCCUGGUUCUGGCCCUGGUCCUGGUCCUGGUCCUGGUCCUGGUCCUGGUUCUGGCCCUGGUCCUGGUCCUGGUCCUGGUCCAGGUCCAGGUUUAAUGUGGAUCACGUCUCCUUCUCGCUGCCUCAGUAUCUCUGGUUUAAAUCACAUGUAAUCAGGUCUUUGGAUGAUUUGGGUUUCGCUGCUCGUCUGAUUCAUGUUCAGAUAUUUUUACUGAAAGUUUUAAUCCUCAAUAAAGGAAACUAAACUCUG